CCGGGCGGCUGUGUGGCCUCAGAGAGGGAGAGGAAACCUCUCGCUGGUAUGCGGAGGAGCAUGUAUAAAAGGAGCGGGGCGGCCGCGGCGUGUCACCCGCAUCACCCGCACCAGCAGCGGCUCUGUUCCUCACUGACACCCGGACACACACGCAGAAUCCGCAGACAUGUGUGAUGACGAUGACACCACCGCCCUGGUGUGCGACAACGGCUCCGGCCUGGUGAAGGCUGGCUUUGCCGGGGAUGACGCUCCCAGGGCCGUGUUCCCCUCCAUCGUCGGCCGUCCCCGUCACCAGGGUGUGAUGGUGGGGAUGGGUCAGAAGGACUCGUACGUGGGCGAUGAGGCUCAGAGCAAGAGGGGCAUCCUGACCCUGAAGUACCCCAUCGAGCACGGCAUCAUCACCAACUGGGACGACAUGGAGAAGAUUUGGCACCACACCUUCUACAAUGAGCUGCGUGUGGCCCCCGAGGAGCACCCCACCUUGCUGACGGAGGCCCCUCUCAACCCCAAGGCCAACAGGGAGAAGAUGACCCAGAUCAUGUUUGAGACCUUUAACGUCCCUGCCAUGUACGUGGCCAUCCAGGCCGUGCUGUCCCUGUACGCCUCCGGCCGCACCACCGGCAUCGUGCUGGACUCUGGAGACGGUGUGACCCACAACGUCCCCAUCUACGAGGGCUACGCUCUGCCUCACGCCAUCAUGCGUCUGGACCUGGCAGGCCGGGAUCUGACCGACUACCUCAUGAAGAUCCUGACUGAGCGCGGAUACUCCUUUGUCACAACAGCUGAGCGUGAGAUCGUGCGCGACAUCAAGGAGAAACUUUGCUAUGUAGCUCUGGACUUUGAGAACGAGAUGGCCACGGCUGCCUCCUCCUCCUCCCUGGAGAAGAGCUACGAGCUGCCGGACGGUCAGGUGAUCACCAUCGGCAACGAGCGCUUCCGCUGCCCCGAGACGCUCUUCCAGCCCUCCUUCAUCGGUAUGGAGUCUGCAGGGAUCCACGAGACUGCUUACAACAGCAUCAUGAAAUGUGACAUUGACAUCCGUAAGGACCUGUACGCCAACAACGUGCUGUCCGGCGGCACCACCAUGUACCCCGGUAUCGCUGACCGCAUGCAGAAGGAGAUCACAGCGCUGGCUCCCAGCACCAUGAAGAUCAAGAUCAUCGCCCCACCUGAGCGUAAAUACUCCGUCUGGAUCGGCGGCUCCAUCCUGGCCUCCCUCUCCACCUUCCAGCAGAUGUGGAUCAGCAAGCAGGAGUACGACGAGGCGGGUCCCAGCAUCGUCCACCGCAAGUGCUUCUAAACCCACAUCUGCUGAACCUGCAGCUCAGGACACUCAGUCCCAGGACUCUGACAAUACAUCUCCUCACGAGAUGUUUGAUUUACACCAGCAGGGAUAUACGCCAUCUAAUAUGUACAUAAUUUAUUUAUUCCUUCUUGUAUGUAUGUCGUGUUUUGAAUGUGAAUCAGGAUGUGAGCGUUGGCUCCGUGGUACGACAGACAUGAAUGGAGCAAAAACACACACAAGACCAAAACUGAAACAAGUAAUCAAAACAAAUAAAAGCCAUGUUUUAUCGCA